AACAAAGAGAUCCAGCGCGAUAUUUUAAGGUUUGUGUCAAGAGUGAGAAAGCUGAAAGAGGCUAAAGGUUCACUUAGCCCAAGGUGAUAAGAAGUGAUCUAUAAAGUUUGUGAUAAAGAGACGUCUCGGUGAUCACGCAAAGGUUUGUAGAAACAGGAUGUUGUCGAUAAAAUGGAUUAUUUAAUGCUCAGGCUCUAGCAGUCACUGUUGAGUAAAAUCCACCUAGGUCACGUGUAAUGUGAAAGGAAUGGACGGUUCACGUCAAGAAUUAUUAAAUUCCGAGGUUCACGGGAUACCAGAUAUGGGUGGUCCUUCUUCCCGGGAUGAAGGAACUGAGGCAGAUGAGAAAAAUACCAUGCUCAACAAGAGAAAAGCAACCAUGAAAAGGAAGGCUAAUUUACUCAAAGAUGAUAAGGAAAAGAGCAAGAAAAAGAAAAAGAAGAAGAUCCAACGAGUUCAGAGACCUAAUUACACAGUACAGCAUGGUGAGGAUAUGCUUUUGAUUAUAUCGAACGUUAGUCAAUUUGAUAGUGUUUGGAAACCUAAGCGAAAAGGUUGCAAGAGGAAAAAGGCCAAAACAAAGACCACAUCAGUAAGAAAGAAGAUAGAACCUACAAAACCCAAAGUCUCUAAAGCAACAGAAGAAGAUCUAGGCAAUGAUGCUGAUGUGAAGAAAUCAGAGACUGCUUUGAGCUUUGACUGGGGUCAGAGGAUGCCACUGGAAGUGUUGGUUAAGAUUUUUGAACUGGUAGUUUUUCAAGAUGGUGCCAUACCAUUUCUUUGCAGGGUUGGCCGAGUUUGUACCCUGUGGAACAGGGCUGCCUCUUCACCAGCUCUUUGGCGCAGCGUGUCCAUUGGCUACUGCUGGAUUGAACCUGGUAAGAGUCAGUUACCUGGAACUGAACAGAAGAUUAAGAACACUGUAGACUGGCUAACACAAAACAGGUUCUCACAACUGAGGAAUUUCAAGCUUUGUCACUGGAAAAAGCAUGUUGACUAUGUUGUUCAGGUGAUUGCAAAUUCCUGCUCAAAUCUCCAGUCAUUAGAGUUGUCUUACUGCAUGGGUGUGACAAAAGAGGCUUUUCAAAAUCUUGGAGUUGCCUUUCAGUCUCUUGAGAGCAUAAAUGUGCAACACACAGAGUUUCAGGAUGAUGGUCUGCUGUCCUUCCUUGAGGUUUCUGCAAAUCACCUAAAAAAGCUUUCCUUUACGCGCAGCUCAAAAAGUGACAAACUUCUCAGUGUUUUGUGUAGGGGUUGCUGUCCUGAUCUCAGAUUUUUGGAGAUCAAUGCUAAAUUAGAUGGUGGAUAUUGCCCCCUUCCUAUCUGUGUACAAGCUUUACAACUUGGUUGUCCUAAGCUACAGACUUUUAGGUUGAUGAAUAUCAACCCUGUUCCCAAAAUGAUUCGCAACACACCCAGUUCCACACCAGGCUUCCCCAUGCUGGAGGAAUUGUGCAUAGCCUCUUCAUCCCAUUCCUUUAUGAAUGACCAGGACCUGCUUAAUAUUCUGCAUGGCUCCCCAUACCUGCGGGUGCUGGACCUGCGGGGAUGCGCUCGCAUUACAGCUGCUGGACUGUAUACAUUGCCAUGUGAAGGUUUGGAGUGUUUAUACUGGGGGCUGUAUUUCAAUAGCAAUGCCAUGGUGGCAUCAAAUAAAGGCAUCCACCUGCUUACACAGAAAUGGAGCCACAGCCUUCGUGAGCUGGAUCUCACCAACCAGCCUUUUUCUGAAGAGGACAUGGAGAUUGCAAUGGAGUAUCUGGCUCAUGGCACUGGAGCAGACUCAUUUCAUUCUCUGAAUCUCAGUGGGACCAAGAUUACCUCAUCUGCAGUCAGGUUACUUGUGGGUCAGUCUACAGCUCUUAGCUACUUGAAUCUGUCAUCUUGCCGUUACCUUCCAAGGGGUCUCAAGCGAAUUUAUCGUGGCCAAGAAGACAUACGUCAGCUUCUGGAAAGCCUAAAUUAAUGUUUUGUGUAGUUUUUUUUUAUUUAUUUUUUAUCCUUUUGUAUUGCAUGGUAAGACUUAAUUUUCAAGUCGUAAUUUGUCUUGAAGUUGGACAACAUAAAACUACAAGUAUAUGAAUGGCCAAUUAUCUGCUGUGUGUAUAAUAUGAUAAUUAAAAUAUAUUCAAACCCUAAAUCUGGAUAUUGAAACAACAGAAAUAAAACAUUUUUUAAAAGUA